AUGUCGGAUACUUCGUCCACGUCCGCGAACGCCGGACGCUCGGCGCCUGAGAGGAAAGAGUCCAAUACGACCAACACAACCAAACCUCCGACGGUAGCCGCCUUCUCUCCAACCUCGAACUCGUUCUCUUCGACUCGACAACGCUCGACCAUUCUCGUACACCAAAAGUCACCGCUUUUGCUAGCGACCCCUCCGCAAGUGACAAGAGCUUUGGCAUAUUCACAUCCAUUCAUAGUUCCCUUGAACAAGCUUGUUGGACUUCUAUCAUGGACGACCGGGGAUCCCUGGGAGAGCUUCCUGUUUGUGGCUGCCUUCUGGUUCACCGUCUUGUAUGGCGGUUACAUUCUCCGGUUCAUGGGACCUCUGAUUCUGGUUACCUUCCUUAUAGUAGGCAUGUACCUACGAAGGUAUUCUCCGCUGUCAUCGACAGGCUGGACUGGUGAGAAAAAGAAGGGACACAGGAGGGAUAACUCGGAUGGCAUCAAACAUCGCAAGUCUCUGGAUGAGAUUCUGUCAACUUUGCAAACCUUCACGACAAGGUGUAAUAUCUUGCUCGAGCCAAUGCUUCGCUUGACAGACUUCCUGUCUACCCAACAGACGGCAACUUCAGCUACGACACAACCUGCCCUCACGACCCUUUUCAUACGAAUCAUGCUCACUUCCCCACUGUGGUGGGCUCUGACCCUUCCUCCCCUGCGUAUCAUUACCACAAAACGAAUCGUCCUGGUUGCCGGCACAAUCUUCUUGUCCUGGCAUUCACGGCCUGCACGUAUCAGUCGCACAAUUCUCUGGCGAUCGAAAACUGUACGCGAGAUCUGCACCAUAAUCACAGGUCUGGAUCUUGGUGUACCAUCUACGUCAGGACCACCACUGCCCCCACGACCAGGAGUAAAAGGUGCCGUCAACGUGAACGCAAAGCCGAACACCGAGUCCGGCGAAGGUAUUCGCUUUACAUUUACCUUGUAUGAGAACCAAAGAAGAUGGUUGGGCAUAGGCUGGACAGCAAGCAUGCUCGCCUACGAACGCAAUUCUUGGACUGAUGAACAUUUGAAUCCGACAGCUGAUCCCACACAUUUCGAACUGCCUGAGGUAGAAGGUGGUAUGGCGAAGUGGCAGUGGGUUGAAGACAGUGAAUGGCAUGUCGAACUGCCAUCCAAGAAGAGUAAGAACAAGGAUGCCACGGUUGACGAUGACGACGCAUGGAUAUACUACGACAACAAAUGGCGGGACGGAAGAAGAGGACAAGAUGGUUGGGGCCGCUAUACUCGCCGCAGAAAAUGGUUGCGCGAUGCCGAGCUCAUAGAUGUGGUCCCAGAAGAAGAGAAACCCACGCCCACACCUACACCAGCUGCUCAAACAACGGAGAAGCCGAAACCACCACCUACACCUCCACGUCCAACACCUUCUCGCAACCAAAGCAGUAAUCUCACCCAAGCACUUAAAAACGCACCACAACAUACCCACACACCGUCCAUGACUACUGCUUCGACAAUCACCACAAGCAGCGAUAUUGGAAGUCCUUCCAGCAGCUACAAGCGCAAAUCGUGGUUGCCUGGUUCUGCGGGGAAUAGGACCAGGACUACUAGCAAUGCAUCUGGAAGUACAGAAGGGAGAAAGAGUCGAGCGGCUAUGGAGAACGAUGAUGUGGUGCCUCCGAUCACGAGGCUGAAGAAUGAUGAAGCAGAUUGGGGAUUGGGCGAUGAUGUUAGUAUGGGACUGGGUUGA